UCUGCUCUGAACAAAACUGCCCCGCAGGUGACCUGCUGUGGCCUCCAGCCAUGAGUUUGUUUAUCCUUAGCAGUUGCCUGUCGUCUUGGCAAGAGCGGGUGCUGGGUUUGGCAGUGUCACAAAUCGACAACACGGCCGACUAACAAACACCAUGGGCCAGCGUCCGGAAGUAGGAGCUGGACAAAGUCAGAUGAGGCAUCAGGUGUCAAUGUCUGCAGAGAGGGUGAGCAACGAUUCGUAGAACUUAGUGAGGGUUGGGUGGAAUCACAAACACAGGACUUUUUACACAGGGUGGUGCUGUUAAUCCGUUCUCCAGAGCGGGCUGGCGUCAUUCAUCAGCGUGUUACGUCACGGCCGACAUCCUUCUAUCCCCCGCUCAGGUGCUGCCGCGGCCCCUCCCCAUGGCCGAGGCCAACUGGACGUACAUCUCUGAGUUCGUGCUCCUGGGUCUGUCCGAGCGCCAGGACCUGCAGCCGCUGAUCUUCGCGGGGUUGCUGGCCACCUAUGUGCUGAACCUAGUCGGCAACUCCGUGCUGCUGCUGGCGGUAUGGGCUGACCCCCAGCUCCACAGCCCCAUGUAUUUCCUCCUCAGCCAGCUGGCCGUGGUGGACGUGAGCUUCGCCUCCAUCACCCUGCCCCAGGCCCUGGUUCACAUUUUGACCCAGCACCGGGCCAUCUCCUUCGCCAGCUGCAUGGGCCAAGUCUUUGUUUUCCUGGCCGUGGGCAACAUGGAGGGCUACCUGCUGGCUGCCAUGGCCUACGACCGCUACGUGGCCGUCUGCGACCCGCUGCGCUACGCCGCCGUGGUGACGCGGUCCCUGUGCCUCAAGAUGGCAGCUGCUUCAUUGGCCGUGGUGAUCCCGCAUUCUCUGCUGCACACCGUCAUGGCCGCCCAGCUGCGUUACUGCGGCAACUGUGUGCAGCAUUUCUUCUGUGACCUGCCACCCCUGCUGCACCUCUCCUGCACCCGGCCCUUCGCCAACGAGCUGGUUCUCUUCACUGAAGGCGUCCUGGUGGUGCUGGCCCCUUUCGCCUUCAUCCUGGCCUCCUACGCCCGCAUCGGGGUGGCCGUGGCCCAUCUACGCUCUGCCCAAGCCCUGCGCAAGGCCCUCUCCACCUGCGGCUCCCACCUGACCGUGGUGACGCUCACAUACGGCAGUGUGGUCUGGCAGGGUAAAGAGGAAGGUCCUGGCUCGGGACACAUGAGACUAGCCUGGGGCUCCAUCGCUGCACUGGGCGUGGACUUUCCACCCAAGAGGUGUCUGGGGACCUUCCCUCUUAGCUCCCCCGGGACACCUGGGCUCCUUUUCCCUCAGACACGUGGCUGGUGGAACUAA